CUCCAACACCGAGAGGGGGCUGAACCUCGCGCAGAGUCCGAUCUGUCCCGUGCGGAAAAACACUACAUCUCCUGCUGGAAGUGCUUAUUAAAAGAUCUGCUCCACAUCAGGCCUGAAUAAUUCAAAGAUAUCGCCUACAAUGGAAGAUGGCAGGGAAACAGCUGCGAUGAGAGAGCAAAAACGGAAGGAUCGACAAAUAGAUCGGUGGUGUUACACAAAUGAUGAUACUCAAGCCUUGGAGACUGGAGACAGUGACAUUGGCGUGUGUGGUUGGAUUCUGGUGCUUUUCUCCAUCCUGCUCACAUUGCUGACGCUGCCUCUCUCCAUAUGGAUGUGCAUUAAGAUAGUGAAGGAAUAUGAAAGGGCAAUUAUCUUUCGUCUGGGACGCAUUUUACGAGGAGGAGCCAAAGGACCAGGUCUUUUCUUCAUCUUGCCAUGCACAGACAGCUUUAUCAAUGUGGAUAUGCGCACCAUCACCUUUGAUAUCCCCCCUCAGGAGGUGCUGACAAAGGACUCUGUGACAGUGAGUGUAGAUGGUGUAGUCUACUACCGUGUGCAAAACGCAACACUGGCAGUAGCCAACAUCACCAAUGCUGAUGCAGCCACUCGUCUGUUGGCACAGACCACCCUGAGGAACGUGCUGGGUACAAAGAACCUGGCAGAGAUCCUGUCUGACCGGGAGGAAAUCGCCCACAGUAUGCAGUCCACACUAGAUGAUGCCACAGAUGACUGGGGUAUUAAAGUAGAACGUGUGGAGAUUAAGGACGUCAAACUGCCCCUGCAGCUCCAGAGGGCCAUGGCGGCAGAGGCUGAAGCAACCAGAGAGGCCAGAGCUAAGGUGAUAGCUGCUGAGGGAGAAAUGAAUGCGUCACGGGCACUGAAGGAGGCAUCUCUGGUCAUCGCAGAGUCCCCCUCUGCUUUGCAGCUGCGUUACCUCCAGACCCUCAACACCAUCGCAGCGGAGAAGAACUCCACCAUCAUUUUCCCUCUGCCUAUUGACAUGAUGCAGUCCUUUAUGAAGCACUGAACUAAGAGCCACAUAAAGCUACCUACACACACAAACACACACACACACACAGAUGCAUCCAUGCAGAAAUGAACAGACUGAGUUUAUAUAACAUGCACUCAUGUGAGUAUAAUGUACAGCUGGGUCCAGAAGUCUGAGACCACAUUGAAUUAUGGUAUUCAAUUUUUGAAAACUUAAAACUAAGAAACAUCAUUAUGUGAAGUCAAGAAGAAAAAUGUCAGGUUGUAUUUGCAAAUCUCUAAUCAAAUAAGUAAAGAUUGUUCAUCAAAUUGGUAAUCAUUUGACUCUGUACCGAUAUAUAGUCAGAUGUUCAGAAUGCUCUUGGGAUCAUCUCCAAUAAUUCUGGAGAACAUGCUCAUCAAGUUUUACACAAAUUUGUGGAGGUCAUGCAGCCUGAGUGCUGCUGUUGUUAAAAUACAUAUGCAUUCUGAAGCCCAUGCACAUUUUUAAAUUUAACCACUCAAAUUAAGUUAUUCUGAUAAUGUACGAAUUAAUUCAUUACAUUUAUAUAGAGCUUUUGUAGGAACUCAAAGCGCUUUACAUUGUGAGGGGGGGAUCUCCUCAUCCACUUUAUUAGAAAAAUACAAAAUAGAAAAAUUUUCACUAGUGGUCUCAUUUUUGGACCCUACUGUACAUACACCACAUAAGCACAGCCUGAUGCGUGAUCUGUAGAUGUUCCUAGUAAAGACCUGUUCACUCUGUCUGAAGGAAAUCUGAUACAGCCAAGCAAUAUGAAAGUCAUAAAAUAUUUGCUAAAAAAUAGGCCUUUUUUUUUAACAUCACAUUGUUGCUUUGUUUUAAACCUUUUAAUGAACAUCAAGAAUUUGGACUUGAAUAGGCCUUACAAAAUGAAAUUGUGUAAAAUUUCUCACAGACCAGAGCUGGUUGAUCUUUAGUUACUGAAUAUUGCAAUGCGAUGUUUGGCUUUUUGGUUUAUGGUUUAUGGAACAUCUCCUGGUCGCAUGAGUGCAUGUGUGUGUGUGCUUCAGGCAUAUGUAACCUAACCUGCUUGAUUGCCAAACAGAUAAUAAACCGUCUCUAAGGAAAAUGUGGAUAGUAUCAGGUGUCAAACUGACAGCAGUGCUUAUUGUGCCUACCAGUUUGUUCUCGCUUUCCUGAACAUUUAUUAAAGCUGACUGUCAAUAUAAAAGCCUUAAGCCAUAUCCAUUUCAAUUACUGAAUUAAUAUGUACAGGUUUACAUGAUGUUGGUUGAUUUUUAAAACCACAAUGCAUUCAUACAUCCAUUUCCUGUCAAAUUAAUAUUUAAUCGCUUGGUUUAUGAAAUCUUCUAUCUUACUGUUUUAUCAACCAGACAUUUACAUACAUGUAAUAUGAUAUUUUUUUACGUCAGACUGCAGCUGAAAACAAAUUAAGCCUAUAGAGGUCAAUGUUUGUUCUUUUAAUGACUGUAUUUGCUGCUUCAGAUAUCAGAGGAUGGAAUUACAAAGAUUUGUCAAAGAUGUGAAAUUAGUGUCAGUGCUGCUAAUGACUGUUUAAGGUUUCAACAAUAUUUUGAAAUAUUUAUAUUUCAUGAUGUAUCAGUCUAUCACAGUUCUAUAUGUAAUUGUUUAUUCUGUCAGCUAACUGAUGUAUGCUGAAUAUCACUUCUGUUGUUUUGUCCAGCUCACUUUUAUGUACAUUGUAUAAUAUUGAAUGUUUUUGUUUGCAUAUUUCUGAUGUGAUUUUCCCAUUCCCCUCAGUAAAUCAUAAUGUGUAAUCUUU